AGAUUCGGUUCCGGAGACUCAACCGGAACCGACCGGGUCGAAAAAAAGUACACGCCGGAAAAGCCACAAAGCCAAAGCCACGAUGACCGAGGCGACACGGUCAAUCCAAAAGUGGACGCUGGAGGAGGAGUGCUUAUUGGCGUCGGCUUGGGUUGACGUCUCCGAGCAUCCUAUCAUUGGUUCGGAGCAAACGAAGGAUGCGAUGUGGGAUCGUAUCGAGGAGAAGUUCUUCACGGCGAUGAACAAGGACGGCUCCUACCGAACCCGGGACCAACUCACUUCCAAAUGGAGCCACAUCAACCAUAAAGUCCGAAAGUUUAUCGGAGUUUACGAGGAAUGCUCCCGGUCCCGGAGGAGCGGGACGAACGAUGCCAAUGUUCUCCGGCUUACCACGGCCCGGUAUCAAGACGACGGGCACCAAGGCAAUGUGCCCAUCAAUCUUUGGAGGAUUUUGAGCCGUUCCCCGAAGUGGCAACAACUCAACAAUCCCGACGGCGGAUCGUUCCGGAAAAGAUCCUCCGUCGACGAGACUAUCGGUUCGACCGAUCAAAUCCCUCCCUUCAACGUUGCGGAUUCCGAUGACGAGGACCCCAUUCCACGGCCGAUCGGAAGAAAGAAGGCAAAAUCCAUUGCCUCGGGUUCGGGAGGGUCCGGCUCUGUUUCCGUUUCUUCCCGCGACGAAAUCGGUCGGGAAAUGGUUGAACAACUUCGGGCGUUCAAUCUCCGAGAACAAGAGAAGUUGAAGCUAAAGGAGAAGGAGUUGAAGCUAAAGGAGCAGGAUGCCGAGAUGAAAGUCAUGGAAACCGACCUUUCUACGUUGUCGGAGAUUGGAUGAAUGCUCUACGAGCAAAGAAUAAAAGAGAUCAAGGAGA